ACAUGAUAUUUAUCAUUUUUCUUUGCAUAUCAGGAUGUUUUACUGUAAAUGCAAAAAUAAUGAAGCUGGGUGAUGUUGUUCAAGAAAAUACUGAACCUAUUUCUGUUCAACGUUCAAAUAUAAACUGUACGGACAAAGGACCACUUGUGUUUCGAGGCGGCGAUCCAACGUCUUUUUUCGGUUCAUUAUGUCUCCCUCCACCAGGAAAAGUAAAACAAUGUGCCAUUUUCAACGCUGGUGCAUUUGAAGCGUUUGUUUGCCCACAGAAAAACUAUUUCAAUGGGAUCAACUCUGACGCGGGACAGAGAAGGGUUAUUUGCUGUUCUGUGUUUGGAGCUUCCUACAAUGACAAUGAAUGUAAAAUAUGGUUCCGAACGACAGAAAAUUUUGUAUCACCAUUUGGUCCAGGAUAUUUAGUUACAGGAAGAAAGCCAAUUUCAAACGGAAUGGGAGGUAUUCGUGGUUUCUUCAUCAGGGAAUGCCCAUACAGAAAAAGUCAUAUGUUUAACUAUCCGAAAAAUAUCUACUAUGUUUCAAAAUAAAGAAUCUAGAAUUGUUUUCAUUUGCAUCAUGCUGGAUCUAAGUUACGUAACCUCAGCUUCGAUCUUUAGUUGUGUAAUGUAAGUCUGUCUGUACGUGCCUCCGUCCGACUGUUACGCUUUGGCAUCUCUUAUCCGAACUCAUCUUAUAUCACUAUAUGA